AGAUGGGCAGCUCUUUCAAGAACAGCAUCGCGCAACUAUAUCUUGAUAGUAUUGUUUAUUUUCUGUUUUUCCAAUUCCACUUGAAUUGUGUUCUGCGCCGCCCAUGCAUUUAUGCGUAAUAAUGUGUUGCAAGCAUCAAUCAGCUAUAUAUGUUGCACCCUUUAUAUAUAUGCAGAUCCUAAAAUAGUAGCAUUCCGUUCAAAAAAAAAAUAGUAGCAUCAGUGUAUUUUAGGUAUCUGUACGCACAAUAUAUGGAUCUCUUGUUAGCUCGGACUUGAUUUUUAAUCCUUUUAAGAUGAGAUAAAAAUAUUGUUAUGAUCUGCAUACAUACAAGAAAGAAAUGGAUCAACUACGAUAUUAUUAUUGCCUGUUGAUUGGAUCUUUAAUUAAUCACCGGAUAAAAAAAAAGAUCGAUCUGUGAGAUGCUCUGCUUCCAGAGGCGCGACGAGGCCCUGUCCAUGUAUGAGUAUGAAUGUAUGAUGAGGAGGAGAAGCAAAAGGGUGGCCGUGGCUGCGGCGCAGGAGGACGGUCACGUGUCAGAAUCGGAUUUACUUUUUGCUAAUCCAAUUCAGAGUCGAUGAUCGAUCCAUCGACAUAUACGUACGUACACAAGAAAAUCGAGACAUAUCGAUCGAGUCGAGUGUGUGUGCAGUGCAUUGGCAGGCAUGGACGCGGAGGAUAUCGUGGACUGUCUCAUGUGGGGCAUCAUCUUUUUCUUCCUCCUCGCCUGCAUCGGCGUGGCCCUCUGCUUCCUCGCCCUCACCAUCGCCACGGUGGUCGGACUCAUCCGCCGCCGCAACGACGACGCCAAUAACAAGUACGACAUGCUGAUCGAGAGGCUGCUGCUACGACCUAAAGACGACCAAGACAACGAGCAGUGCGUCAUCUGUCUGUCGGAGAGCGAGGAUGAUGUCGACGACGGCGGCGGCGAGCGGGGGAGAUGGAGGAUGCUGCCGGGGUGCGCGCACGCGUUUCACAAGGAUUGCGUCGUCAAGUGGCUGCGCAACCGCACAACAUGCCCGCUCUGCCGUUCUGACGUCGCCGUCGCCGCCGCAGAUGACAUUAUUAGCACCGCAGAUAACAUGGUCUGACGCUAUCUCAGAUUUCACUAACUCUAUCCUACCACCGCCUCAAAAUAAAUCAAACUAGAAGAGUAGAUUUAUCUUAUCCAAUCAUAUUUUGAUUUAUUUUGGAACGGAGAGAGAAGUACUAACUCAUUUGAUUGAGAGCAUAUAUAUAUAUAUAUAUAUGCACCUGACCUUUAUACAUAUGUGCAGUCAGUGCUUAUGCAUACCGCUAGUAUUUUUAUACAAGUAUAUUUUGAGAUGUAUAAUUGACAGAUGAA